AUGCACGCGCAUAAAGACAAUGACCUCCCCGAUAUCCAUCGCUACAUAACAACCCACAGCACAGAAGGUGAAGCAGUAUUCCUGUCACACGCUCAAGUCCCGGACUACAUGCCCUCUCAACCAGCAGGCGGCGACGGCGAAAUCGCCCUCCUCUACGCAACGGACACGGUCCCCGCCUCGUUGGAAGAUGAAGCCGACAUUGCCAUGUACGACGAAUACCUCCACCAACCACCUGGCUUAACAACGGAUACAGGAACGGUGUUCCGAAUGAUAGACCUGAAGCCUGGGAAGAAGACGCCGAUGCAUCGGACUGUCAGCUUGGAUUAUGGAGUCGUCUUGGAAGGCGAUGUGGAUCUUGUGCUUGAUUCUGGAGCAAGUCGCCAUUUGCAUCGAGGAGAUGUGUGUAUACAGCGGGGUACGGCGCAUGCGUUUCGGAAUCGGAGCGGGAAGGAGUGGUGUCGAUUGUUGUUUGUCUUUUUGCCGAUGCAGAAGUUGACUUAUAAUGGGCGGGAGUUGGGGGAGGAGGUUUACGAUGAGGGUUAUGAGGAUGGCGGUGAGUAG